UUCAUGUUUCUGUUGCAUUCACUGGUAUCUCUGAGACGUACGAGUCAGUUCUGGUCUAGUGGCUUGGCUGGUGAAGCUCCAGGAGGACGUGAUGGGUUAAAGAAACAAGGAAGUUCCUGUGUGGUCAUUUAUAGAAUGAGUAAAGUCCACCAGAAGAGAAAACAAGGAAGUGUUUCAUGGAUAGGGAUCGUUUCCUUGCACCGAGCCGCUUCAGGCUGUUUGAGGCUCCAUCAAAGGAAUGAUGACCAGCAAAGUACAGAGACUGGACUCAGGAAAUGAACAGGAGCUCCUCAGAUUACGCCGGGCUUCAUCUAUAACGUCCGGUCAGAAUUACCCUCAGUACAACUGGAACUCCCCAGAAGAGAGGGAUGCUGGGAAUGCCGAGGCGCCCCGGGAACUCAGGACCAUCGCUUGGCCCAUGGCUCUGAAGAGAUCUGUGAGGCAGGUGCAGCAGAUGCAGGUUCCUGCUUCCUCCAACGCUGCAUCCUGGAAACACAACAAGACCAAAUCUUUGCGCAAACUCAAAAACAACUUUAGGGAAUUUCUUUACUAUUUCACACUAUGGGGCAGGUCUUUACAGAAGAUUGGAGGGAACUUUGGAGGUGGCGUCCAGUCCUACUUCCUCUUUCUUCGAUUCCUGGUGGUUCUUAAUUUUGUUUCCUUCUUACUGAUCGCUGGCUUUGUCAUCAUUCCCAGCUUUGUGUUGGGAUCCGCAGAGAGCGGCUUUGUGAACCGCACAGAGGAAGGGCCAUGUAUGACAUACGACCCUAAUCCGAACACCUUGGUGGCUUUCUAUGAGUACUUUCUUCACUUACUGUCGGGAACGGGUUUUAUGGAGGAUUCAUUUAUGUUUUAUGGCUACUACAACAACAACACAGGGACCGAGGAUGGGAGCCGUGCCUACAACAUCCCCCUUGCCUACAUCUUUACUGCCAUCUUCUACUUUGCUUUCUGUCUCUGUUGCAUCAUAGCUCGCAUGGGGACUGCAGCUCGAGUUGCUGUGGCAACGGGAGGCAGCACUGUAGGCAACUACAGCAUGAUCGUGUUCACCGGAUGGGACUUUGGUUGCCUGGGAAACCAGGCUACCAAACUGAAGCAGAAAAACAUCUACUACCGGCUGCAGGUGGACCUGGAGGAGGAGCGCAUAAAGAAACAAGCAGCUUCUCUCACGCCGUGGAGGAAAGUUGCUUUAUACUCUCUGCGCAUUUUAAUGUUUGUUGUUGCGCUCGGGCUCAUCGGAGCGGCCUUCUUUGGCAUCUUCAAGGCCACUGACUUCAGCCAGAAACACAUGGAGCAGCCUGGCUUCCUAGGUUUGCUCAUCGAGUUUCUGCCGUCCAUCGUCAUCACGACGGGAAACUUCUUGGUGCCUCUGCUGUGUGACCAAAUCGCCUUAAUAGAAAAAUAUUCUCCCAGCAUUACUGUGGUGAUGGCGUUGUUAAGGGCAGUGGUCCUGCGCCUAGUGAGCUUAGGCAUCCUUCUCUUCACCCUGUGGAGUCAGAUCACCUGUAGCGGGAACGCAGAAGCGUCUGCGUGUCAGCAGUGCCGAUACGAUCAUGAAAAAUACCCGUGCUGGGAAACCCGUGUAGGACAGGAGAUGUACAAACUCAUGCUGUUUGACCUGCUGGUAAACAUCGCUCUGCUCGUGCUUGUCGAGUUUCCACGCAGGAUUGUGGUGGACAACUGGUCCUGUAAGCUGUCUCAGCUGGUGGGCCGCCAGGAGUUCGUUGUCCCUUCCAACGUCCUCGGGCUUGUUUAUGGUCAGACGGUGGUCUGGGCUGGAGCUCUGUUCUGCCCUCUGCUGCCUCUCAUGAACACCAUUAAAUUUGUCAUCCUCUUUUACUGCAAGAAGAUCACACUCUUCCACAACUGUCGGCCAGCGCUGAAGACGUUUCGGUCCACCACCUCCACCUUCUUUUUCCUGGUGGUGCUUCUGUUUGGCUGGACGUUGGCCCUGGUUGUUAUGAUUUACAGCCUUGCUGUGAUCAACCCUUCGAUGGCGUGUGGGCCUUUCCGCUUCUUCCCCUCCAUGUGGAAGAUUGUUCCAAACUCUUUCUACUGUCUCUCUAAAGUUACACAGGAUUUUCUCUUCUUCAUUGGCUCACAGGCAUUUUCCAUACCUCUUUUUGCUUUAUCAUGCGUGAUUAUGUGCUAUUUUGUAGCAUUAGCUUCCAUCUAUGGAAAAAGUGUUGAGAUGCUCAAAGCUCAGCUUAAGUUGGAGGGUCAAGAUAAGCAGUUUUUGGUCAAACAGAUUGAAAGAAUAAAGCAGCAACAUCUGAUGCCAGCACUCAGUGCAGAAGUACAAGACUGAACACAACCGAUGACCACGUUUAGUUUUUCUGACCUAAAUAAUGAAGUAACUAAUAUGUCUUCUGGGGGGGAGAAAUCUCAUUAAUCCAGACUAGAUCUCAUUUGACAAUUACUAUAUUCAUUUACAGCGUUUCUGUUGUGAAGCUGAAACAAUAAGAGAAUUUGUUAUUUAAAGUCAGUAUAAUUUUGAUUGUUGUUCUAAACAUUAGUGUUGAAUUAAUAAACAUGCACAGAAUUUA